UCUGCGCAAGAUGUUAUCCACGAUUUACAUGCAAGGCAGUGAUGCAAACUAGCUCGCUGGAAAAUAAAGGAAUAGUUGUGUGGCUGCUUUUUGGAUAAAAAGGGCCCUGUUUCUCCUCUCCCACUAUGCGGAGGCUUCACGAUACCGACGCUGUGCGUAUAGAUCGUUUAUAUUUAAUGGAAGGUGGGACGAGGGAGAGGUUGUGAGGCUGGGGACAUCGGCUGGGCUGAGGAGAGGAGUGUUAGCAAGCUAGCUGUCGUCGUGACAGUAUCAAUUAUAAGGAAACAGUUACUUUCCCGUACAACAAACCAUUGGCUCGGUCAUCAUGGCUACGAAUGGCAUCAACUUAACGCCCGGGAUGGGAGAGAUCAUCCAGUUAAACGUCGGUGGGACAAGGUUCAGCACCUCCAGACAGACUCUGAUGUGGAUCCCAGACUCUUUCUUCUCAAGUUUGCUGAGUGGAAGGAUAUCCACUCUUCGUGAUGAAACUGGAGCUAUAUUUAUAGACCGAGACCCCACAGCUUUUGCACCAAUUCUGAAUUUCCUCCGAACCAAAGAAUUGGACCUGCGGGGUGUUAACAUCAGCGUCCUGCGACAUGAAGCAGAGUUUUAUGGGAUAACGCCUUUAGUACGGCGCCUGCUGCUGUGUGAGGAACUAGACCGCUCAUCUUGUGGUAGCGUUCUCUUCCAUGGCUACCUGCCGCCCCCAGCCAUCCCUGCCCGGAAGUUAGGCCCUGCCUCAGCAGCCCAUGGCCCCUCCUCUGAUGAGCGGUCGGGUCCAAAUGGAGCAGAGGGCUUCACCCGUGUGGGUCCCCCUCCUCACCCAUCCCUCUCUGGCUCACCUGGAGCAGACGAAAACCACAAACUGGGUCCUGUGGUUGACCCCAGGAAGGUGCUGAUCAUAGCGGGACACCACAACUGGAUCGUAGCAGCUUAUGCUCACUAUGUCAUCUGCUACAGAAUAAAGGAAUCUUCAGGAUGGCAGCAGGUGUUUUCUUCCCCCUACCUUGACUGGACCAUUGAACGCAUCGCACUAAACGCCAAGGUGGUGGGAGGCCCACAUGGAGACAAGGACAAGAUGGUGGCCGCUGCCUCUGAAAGCAACAUCAUCCUGUGGAGCAUACAAGAUGGAGGCAAUGGAAAUGAGAUAGGUGUGUUCAGUCUCGGUGUACCUGUGGACGAUCUCUUCUUUAUUGGGAACCAGCUGGUGGCUACAAGCCAUACAGGGAAGGUCGGUGUGUGGAAUGCCGUCACACAGCACUGGCAGGUCCAAGAUGUGGUUCCUAUUACCAGUUGUGACACAGCAGGGUCCUUCCUACUGCUGGGCUGCAACAAUGGCUCCAUCUACUACAUAGACAUGCAAAAGUUCCCUCUGAGGAUGAAGGAUAAUGACCUCCUAGUCACAGAGCUCUAUCAUGACCCUUCAAAUGAUGCCAUCACUGCGCUGUCUGUCUACCUUACACCUAAAACCAGUGUGAGCGGGAACUGGAUAGAGAUAGCGUACGGGACGAGCAGUGGUGCAGUGAGGGUGAUCGUGCAACACCCGGAGACAGUGGGGUCGGGCCCCCCUUUUCAGACGUUCACUGUGCACAGGAGCCCCGUGACAAAGAUCAUGCUUUCCGAAAAACACCUGGUGUCAGUAUGUGCGGACAACAACCACGUUCGGACGUGGACGGUGACGCGCUUCAGAGGGAUGAUUUCCACCCAGCCCGGCUCCACCCCUCUGGCUUCCUUCAAAAUCUUAUCUCUGGAGGAGACGGAGAGCCAUGGGAGCUACGGUUCUGGGAAUGAUAUUGGUCCAUUUGGGGAGAGAGACGAUCAGCAGGUCUUCAUACAGAAGGUGAUCCCCAUCACCAACAAACUGUUUGUGAGGCUCUCAUCCACUGGAAAGAGGAUCUGUGAAGUGCAGUCAGUGGAUUUGACCACCAUUUCUUGCUUCAUGGUGCGGGAGUGCGAGGGCUCGAGCCGGAUGGGGUCGCGACCUCGACGCUAUCUGUUCACUGGGCACGGCAACGGCGGCAUCCAAAUGUGGGACCUGACCACUGCGAUGGACAAUGCUAACAAAGGAGAGGAGAAGAAGAAAGAGGAUGUAGGCGGGCCUUCCGAGGAGGAGCUGCUGCAGUUGUUGGAUCAAUGCGACCUGAGCACCUCCCGCUGCGCUACACCAAAUAUUAGCCCCGCCCCCUCUGUGCUGCACCACACACGCCUCAGAGAGUCCUGCUCAAGUCUGCAGUUACAGGCCCAGGAGCCCAUUCCUGAGAGCCAGGCUACUUACGGAGCUGUGCGGCCCUACAGAGAGAGCCCCCUGCUGGCCCGAGCCCGACGAACAGAGUCCUUCCACAGCUACAGAGACUUCCAGAACUUCACCCUGAGUCGAGGUAUCCUGGACAGCACAGGGCCGAUGUCCACGCAGGGCCCCGUCCAGACUCUCGAUGUCCGCCGCUCGCUCUGUGACUUCGGGCCCGACGACAGUGAGAGGAGGGCCUCGGCUCUGGAGUUCUGGGCCUGCCGAUCAUCCAGCUCCAGUUCUAACACAAUAACCGGAGCCACGGCGACGGCUGGUGUUUCUGGGGCGAAGACGGAAAGCGGUCAAGAGUCUCCACGACAACCUCCCGACAGCCCGAAUCCCGGAGGUGAUGUGAGGCGGAAGGUUUACUCACAGCCAGAGGAGGGAGAGGGGGCGGGAUCAGGGGGAGAGGGGAAGGUGGAGGGAGUUGUGCGGAAGAGGGGAGUACUAGAAGGAGGCUUUCUGGGGAGGAAGAGGGCUCCUCCAGUCCCCCACCUCUCCUCCGUCACCUCGGGAUCUGAAGGGGGUGGCAGCGACUCGUCCUCCAACGCCUCCCCCUCCCCGACCAAACUGUCUUCCUCCACCUCGCCGCGACACAGGAAGCUUGCCCCCGAGCUGUCCAAUCAGGACAGCAGCCUGUGACAGUGAAUCAUCUGCUAGAGGCGUCCUGUAGGUACAUGUAGGAGAGGAUUCUGGGUAUCACAGCAGAGGAGAUGUGUGGCACUAUGAGCCGUGUUUCAUGAUGCACGCGGAUGAAGGACCUUCUUCUUUUGGGACUCUACACAAGAUUCUACCACGCUUUAAAUUGUCUCAGGACGAGUCUCCUACACUCUGUCUUCUGAAGAAUCGUACUUACUUAAACUUACACCAUUUUUAAUUUAGGUCGCUGGAACUCAAACAUCUGUGUCACACUUUGAACCCAAACAUCUGUCAUCUGUCUUUCCACCAUGAUGAAGCAUUUCCUCACACAAACGGCAUGCCAUCUCAACCAGAGCAGGAGUGCAUUUCAUUUUGGAUCUUUUGGAUUCAAGUUGUGUCACACUGUCUGCUGGGAACAACUGGAGCCCUACUAUCUUACGGGUGAAGAGGUUUGCAUUUUUAGGCACAAAUCUGAUCGCAAUUUGCUGAAAUCUGCUUUUCUCUCUCUGUGUCGAUGUUGUUAACUCUACAUCUUAACAAACAUAGUAACAACAAAGCACACAAAGGCCUGCAUGGCCUGCUAUUCUGAAGGGCGUGCUGUUGCUACCUGUUUGGUUGAAGCACAAAGCUGUGAUAGGCCACAGAUGUUCAGCUUGUAUCAUUAAGGAACAAAUGGAAACAAAACAAGCACAGCACUAAUAACAGAAUGAGGGUUUCAAAAGAUAUGUGAGGAGUUUUUCAUAGAGUAACACUCAAACAGAUAACAAAAUCGACAAAGGCACAGUUUCUACUUUUAUCAAAUAUUUAAACUGUUUAUAUCGACUAAUGGGCUGGUAGGAAAGACUUGUUUAGAGCCUCACAUAAAUCAUUCAAGCUUACACCUGCUUUCAAACAGAAAACGAACAACUAUUAAUUAUAUAUAUGGAUUUCAAUUUACCCUUAUAUAGAAAUGGGUUAAAACCCCUUCUUUGGAGAAGCUAAAACCAGCAGAAGUGAUUUUUUUGCGAUUAUCCAUAAUCGUUCCAGAUUUUAGAUUUAGCAAAAGGCCCCUUUCAAAAACUCCUGAUGUUAUCAAGUGUCUCUGACAAGACCUGAACUCUGUUGUUCCAUAAAAAUACCCUAAACAUGUGACCCUUCCAGGAACCUUGGCAGCUACUUAUUCCCUAAUGUGAAUCCACUUUUCUGCAGACAGAGACACAAUGCUUUUGUUGUUAAAGCAAUGACACAAAAAGCCAACCGUCAGCAUACGUUUUUCAGCUUUGCAAUUUGAAGAUUAUUUACAAAGUAUUUGAAAACAUAUUUGUUAAGUUUUUUUUGGGGGGGAGAUUGAUACAUCAAAGAGAUCACACUCAGACUGACGGUGAUGGAAAAUCAAAAAUACAACUAAAUCUGUUUUAGUGGUUUUAUGCUCUGUGGUAUGCAGUACAUUAUCAGUACAGUCUAUUGCCUUUCCUCCUCUCAACAGAUUUUGGUACAAUUUGUUAUCACUGCUCACACAGCUAGAAAACGGUGCAGCCUGUGCAAGAUCAAACUAUUAUUUUUUAUAUCUAAUAGUCUUUAAAGUAUCACAAUAUAACUACACUCAACUCAAUACAAGGACUUGGUACGCUACAUCACUUUGCUCCAGUUGAAACAGAUUUUAUGUGUCUUGUUUUUGGAUGACUGUUGCAGUGCCUUAUUUAACUUGUUCGACGGUUAUCAGUGUGUGUUUCAUAGUUAAGGAUUUAGACCAAAGGCUUGUGACGUCUGUGGAGCCAUAAAGGACCUGAUCACUCGGCUUGAACUGUCUGGUGAUAGAUUAACGCCUGGCUGAAUCAGAAUAUAUGGUUUAUUGAAUGGAUAUACAGUACAUAUUAAAUUAUCAACAUCUUUGGGUGUAAAUUGUACAUAAUCUUGACCUAUAUGACAAGGAGAGCUAACAGGUUUAACGGCAGCAACCUUAAUAAUUGUAGUAGUCAUUUUGUGAGCUCAACCUGCUUCUGUUUGUUUUGGAUGAGUUAAAGAAACCAGACGAGCUCUUGAUCUCUGGUACAUUUUGCUAAAGCUGUCGGGACAAAUGUACAAAUGUGCGACUUUAAAAAGGGUAGAUAUAGCUAGAAAGAGUUUCCUGAGAUGUUGAUUAUAAUUUGCAGAAUCAAGCAGCUAUAUAACAUCUUUUUAGUCGAUCUUUAGCGUGUUGCUUCAUAUCUUCAUCAUCAGGUCCCUGCCUGUACAAAGAUGUACAUUUUCAUACACUAAUAACUGUAUAAAAAGUAGACAUAUUCAAAACGAAAUCCUAACGUGGAUGCAUUGAUGUGUGAUGGUGUGUCGAUACUUACACUGUUGUUCAUGACAUAUUGUUAAUAAUCAUAUAAUGCCUAUAUUGAUAUUACCAUGCUAUCGGACCUAACUGCAUUUGCACUUGCACUAUUAAGACUAAUAUUAAAAUAAAUUGCUAUUAUUUUCUAUAAAAAUAUAUAUAGUUUAAAUUGUAUAUUAGCACAUAACUGUUUGUCUGUCCUUAUCCCUCAGUUCCUCUCUGGCUAUGUUUACAUUAUAUAGCAGCCAGAUCCUAGCGAGCUAAAAGGAAUACAUAUCUGUGUGUUUAAACUACCGUGUGCAUUGUUUUACAUUGUUAGAAAUGCUGCAUUAUGUCAUAAUAUUAUUUACUGUGCACAUCCAUGAUCAAAUAUGUUUACAUUGAAGCCUCAAUGUUCAUGUUCAUGCAAAGUAGAGAUAAACUGUGCUCACUAAAACCUC